GGAUUUUCAGGUAGUUUGUCCCUGGUGAAGCACCGUAGCCAUCCUGGAGGAGAAAACACUUGAGGAGUGUUGUGUGCAGCCAAUCGUCAUUACACCCCACAAGACUACAACAAGCCUCGGAGAGGGUGGGAGUACUUGGGAAGCAAAACAUGGCGAGAUAACAAGUUUGGCUGUGAACCGCAGUUAGAAACUGCACCGUAUUUUGCAUUCCUGGCUUCCGACAACGAGUUCUCACAAUUUGGAUUCUGGAGAACAAAACCUGCGCCGAACUUAAAACACUCGAGGGGCCCAGUUUACAAGCAUUACGGCGGUUGGCGAGAGCAGUAGUGCCUGCCUGUCUGCCUGUGUUUUCCCCGGAAGGUUGGCAGUGCUAGGCGCGACUGUCAACACAGAAAAUGGAUGAAGAAAGAAAGUUUAUUCUGGAAAAGACUGUCUAGCUUGCUAGCUUAGCCACGUUAGCUAGCCAUUUACCGUUCAAUCAAUCGCUCGCACCUGACUCGAUAUUCGGAUUACCGCGCGCACUGGCCGAAACUAAAGGAUAUUUAAGUCGUGUUAACAAGUUUGACAACUGCAGUCAGGUAAAAUAGUGUCUCAAACGGGGACACUGUUUUAAUUUUCCACACUUACCCUUUGGUAACAUUCAAGAGCACGUCUGUUUAAGGCUAAUAAUGACAGACUGACAGUCGGUUCUGGUGCGGUGCGGACGGACCCGGGCGCCAUCACAUCAGACGUUGCGUUCUUCUUAAAAACAACCAUUGCGCUGCUGAUCCGCAACUGUUUUUUUUUAGCAACAUAACCAGGAAUGUAUCAGUGGUACACCAGACGCAUCUGGUAGUUUUUGCGUGACAUAAUUGAACCGUAGAUGGAAUUUAUUGGGAUGUUUUACAGCAGUGAAGACGCGGCGUCUUGUCAAAAUGAACGCAGCAAGGUGUUCAACAACAGUGGAGGUGCAUUGCAUUGAAAACCUGCCAGUUGUUAGACUGGUGUCCAUGGCCGGCUAACGGUGACGUAAACAGUUUGUUAAAAUCUCUUAUUUAAAGUUGAAUGUGUUUUCGUCGCAUAUUGCGGAUAAAUAAACUGCGGAUAACAUUGUAGCUCUCGGCCAGAGUUGACGUGAGCUAACCAGCUGGGUGCGUCUGAGGCAGCUCUAUCUGCGAUGUGUUUGCUAAUCUAAGUGCUACUGUGUGUUUCGGCAACAGUUUUGGCAGAUUACACGGCCUAUUUGCUAUAUUUUCCUCUGUUGGCAAACCCGUUUGAGCGCUUUAAAGCAGCCACUUCUUUUUUCUUCUGAAGUGCUCACCAGCGAAUAACUAGGUAACUUGUUAGCUAACCUAAUAAGUUUCACCAGCUAUGUCUGAAAACGCCCCCACACGAAGCCUGGAUGACAUAGACCUCGCAGCUCUGAGGGAUCCAGCAGGAAUCUUCGAGCUUGUUGAGGUCGUCGGCAAUGGGACCUAUGGCCAGGUGUACAAGGGCCGUCACGUGAAGACGGGCCAGCUGGCGGCCAUUAAGGUGAUGGAUGUUACAGAGGAGGAGGAAGAGGAGAUCAAAGCGGAAAUCAACAUGCUGAAAAAAUACAGCCACCACCGCAACAUAGCCACGUACUACGGUGCCUUUGUCAAGAAGAGCCCACCAGGACACGAUGACCAACUUUGGCUGGUGAUGGAGUUUUGUGGGGCAGGUUCAGUGACAGACCUGGUGAAAAACACAAAGGGCAGCUCUCUUAAGGAGGACUGGAUUGCUUACAUCUGCAGAGAGAUACUAAGGGGCCUUUCUCACCUCCAUGCCCAUAAAGUCAUCCACAGGGACAUUAAGGGACAGAACGUGCUGCUAACAGAGAAUGCAGAGGUCAAACUAGUUGAUUUUGGGGUGAGUGCUCAGCUUGACCGGACUGUGGGCCGUAGGAACACCUUCAUUGGCACACCUUACUGGAUGGCACCAGAGGUCAUCGCCUGCGAUGAAAACCCCGACUCCACCUAUGACUACAGGAGUGAUAUCUGGUCCUUGGGGAUUACAGCCAUUGAGAUGGCAGAGGGGGCUCCUCCUCUGUGUGACAUGCAUCCAAUGAGAGCGCUCUUCCUGAUUCCCAGGAAUCCCCCUCCUAAACUUAAAUCCAAAAAAUGGUCCAAGAAAUUCAUUGACUUUAUUGAGGGCUGUCUUGUGAAGACGUAUCCCAGCCGGCCAUCCACAGAGCAGCUGCUCAAACACUCCUUCAUCAGGGACCAGCCCACUGAGCGGCAGGUCCGAAUUCAACUCAAAGACCACAUAGACCGUACACGCAAGAAAAGGGGAGAAAAGGAAGAGACAGAAUAUGAAUAUAGUGGCAGUGAUGAAGAGGAUGAAAAUCGUGGUGAUGAUAGAGAAUCAAGUUCAAUUCUUAAUGUGCCUGGUGAGUCCACCCUGAGGCGGGAUUUCCAGCGCCUGCAGCAGGAGAAUAAGGAGCGCUCGGAGGCUCACAAGAGACAGCAGGCCCAACUGGCCGCUCAGCGCAGGGAUCCUGAAGAGCAUAAGAGGCAGCUGCUUCACGACCGACAGAAACGCAUUGAAGAGCAGAAGGAACAGCGCCGCCGUCUGGAAGAGCAACAGAGAAAGGAGCGGGAGAUGGUGAGGCAGCAAGAAAAAGGUCCCCAUCGGAGACUUGAUGAUAUGAGACGGGAGGAAGACAGAAGGUUGGCUGAGAGGGAGCAGGAGUUUAUCAGACAUAAGUUAGAGGAAGAGCAGCGGCAGUUAGAAAUCCUCCAGCAGCAGUUGCUUCAGGAGCAGGCACUGCUUAUGGAGUAUAAGCGUAAGCAGCUGGAAGAGCAACGUCAAUCAGAGCGGCUGCAGAGGCAGCUGCAGCAAGAGCAUGCCUACCUGGUGUCUCUGCAACAACAGCAGCAGGAUAAGAAGCCUCAGCUCUACCACUAUAACAAAAACCUGGAACCCAACAACAAGCCCACAUGGGCACGUGAGGUGGAGGAGCGAAGUAAGCUUAACAGACAAGGUUCACCCAAGAUCUGUACCACUGUCUCUGACACUGCUAUCCAGUCUCGCUCUGACUCAAUCAGCCAGUCAGGAGUGGUCCAGUCCAAUCAGACCCCUCCAAUGCAGAGGCCUGUUGAACCCCAGGGGGGACAGGGCAAGUUCCAGAUGGCUCAUUUGGUUCCACUGAAGCCCUAUGCUGCCCCUGUCCCUCGCUCCCAGUCCCUCUGUGACCAGCCCACUAAGACCAUGUCUGCCUUCCCCACCCAGGAUCCCUCCCUUACCCCCACACCCCGCCCUAUUCACUCCAGAGAGUUAGUACGUCAAAACUCAGACCCCACCUCUGAGAACCCUGCACCACAGAUGCACCAAAUCAGAGAAGAUCGUGGCCCCUGGAUCCGCCUGCCUGAUGUGGAGCUGCCACCCAAAAUUCCCCAGAGGACGGCAUCAAUUGCCACAGCUCUCAACACCAACCUGACCUCUGGUAUCAGGCAUCCAGUGAGAGCCAGCAACCCAGAUCUCAGCCGUAAUGACCGCUGGGAGAGAGGAGAUAGUAUGAGCAUCGUUUCCAAUCUGCCCCAGACUGGUUCUUUAGAGAGACACCGCAUCCUUAGCUCCUCCAAAAUGGAAUCACCCAUUCUUUCCCAUGACAGCCGUCAUAAGCCCGGGGAGUCUCGCACCUCCUCCCGUCCUGGGCGCCCAGCUAGUUACAAGAGGGCUAUAGGAGAGGACCACGGCCUCUUCGCUAAAGAAAGGGCUGAGGAGCAGCCCAGACCCCCAGUGAAGGCAAAUGAUUACUCUUCCUCUUCAGAGAGCAGUGAGAGCAGUGAAGAGAGUGAGAGUGGUGAGGGAGCAGAGGAGGAAGAAAGCCCCACAGAUCGUCACAGAGAUGCAGACACUGAUUCAGUUAACACUAUGGUUGUUCAUGAAGAUGAGGGUGAGGGGGGAGAAGGGGAGCAAGCUGGAGGCUAUGGGGAUCAGACCAUGCUGGUGCAGAGGACCCCAGAAAAGCGGAGCCAUAAUGGAUAUACUAACCUACCAGAUGUGGUGCAGCCCUCUCACUCCCCCACUGAUUCAGCCACUCACUCCUCCCCAGGGAAGGACUCUGUGUAUGAUUACCAGUCUAGAGGUUUGGUUAAGGCUUCUGGCAAGUCCUCCUUCACCACCUUUGUGGAUCUGGGCAUGUACCAGUCACCAGGAGGUACAGGAGAUAACAUAUCUGUCACUGGCUCCAGGUUUGAGCAGCUGAAGAUGGAGGUGAGGAAGGGGUCCAUGGUCAACGUGAAUCCCACCAACACACGCCCGCCAACCGACACUCCUGAGAUCCGCAAGUACAAGAAGAGGUUCAACUCUGAGAUCCUGUGUGCUGCUCUUUGGGGUGUGAACCUGUUGGUGGGCACAGAGAACGGUUUGAAGCUGCUGGACCGUAGUGGUCAGGGCAAGGUUUACCCCCUCAUCAACUCCCGCAGGUUCCAACAGAUGGACGUCCUGGAGGGCCUCAACCUGCUCAUCACCAUAUCAGGCAAGAAAAACAAAGUUCGUGUCUACUACCUGGCCUGGCUGAGGAAUAAGAUUCUCCACAAUGACCCAGAGGUGGAGAAGAAGCAAGGCUGGACCACUGUGGGGGAGAUGGAGGGUUGUGUGCACUACAAAGUGGUGAAAUAUGAGAGGAUAAAGUUCCUGGUGAUUGCUUUGAAGAAUGCGGUGGAAGUCUAUGCCUGGGCACCCAAACCUUAUCACAAAUUCAUGGCCUUCAAGUCUUUUGCAGACCUGCCACACAGGCCCGUCCUGGUUGAUCUGACUGUUGAGGAAGGUCAGAGGUUGAAAGUCAUCUAUGGAUCGUGUGCCGGCUUCCAUGCCAUUGAUGUAGACUCCGGAAACAACUACGACAUUUAUAUCCCUGUUCAUGUAGGUUUUGCAGCUGUCAGAUGUAGCACCGUUUACGUGAAUCUUACUGUGGCUCAGACUUUCUGUUCUCAUCUCACACAGAUCCAGAGCCACGUGACCCCGCACGCAAUAGUGUUCCUGCCCAGCUCAGAUGGCAUGGAGAUGCUGCUGUGCUAUGAGGAUGAGGGCGUCUAUGUCAACACCUACGGACGUAUCAUCAAGGAUGUGGUGCUGCAGUGGGGUGAAAUGCCCACUUCUGUCGCUCAUAUCUGCUCAAAUCAGAUCAUGGGUUGGGGAGAAAAAGCUAUCGAGAUCCGUUCUGUGGAGACUGGUCACCUGGAUGGAGUCUUCAUGCACAAAAGAGCUCAGAGGCUGAAGUUUCUCUGUGAGAGGAAUGACAAGGUGUUCUUUGCGUCAGUGCGCUCUGGAGGCAGCAGCCAGGUGUACUUCAUGACCUUGAACAGGAACUGCAUCAUGAACUGGUGAAGGAACAGCUGCUCUGGUCAGUGCGUUGCACCCAGCAGGGUUCAGCAAAGGAAAUGCAUCCGAAAUUCUCGCAAACGCAUGCACACAAAUGCAAACACCUCUCUCUUUCUCUCCAAGUCUCUCUCACUUACUUAUGGUACAAGGACACACACAUACACUGUCACAUUUACACAAACGCACACAAACAAUCUCUAAAUCCAUUCCAGCCUACACUCCUGAAGACACAGUUUGUACUGAAGCCCCCUGAUAACAUUCUCCCUCGAAUCAAAUCACUGAUGAGCUUCAAAUGUUAAUACCAUCUAUUAAUUUGUACUGUAUAUAUAUUCUUGUCUUGAUUUACUUUACUUGGUGGACCUGUGUUCAGUCGUAACUAUUUAGUUCCUAAUUGUGAAGUAUGUUAAAACAUUCCUUGAUGUUUCUACAAUACUUUUUGAGGAAGGCAUUGUUUAACAAUAUGUCGAAAUGAAGCUGUAAAUAGAUAACAUUUGACACUUAGAGCCAAAUCAUUUGCAGGCCUCUUCCACAGCCUCCAUUCAGUGUGUCACCUCAACACACAUGGACAUCGACUUAUAAAAUGCUGGCAUGCCCCUCUGCAGUGGCUUGUGGACCACUUUGACUUAUGUUGGGGCCCCCACAAUUUCAGGGAGGCUUUAAUGAAGAACUUAGUACAAAAUGCAGAAAAUGACAUUAAAGUCAGAAAAAAGUAGCUUGUUAAAUAUUUUCCGUUACUUAUAGUAGACAGUAACCUGACAUUCUGCUUUCAGUAACAUUUUCUGACAUGAAGGGCAAAUGCCAUAUGCUCCAUCACUGCGAGUAAGCCUUGGGUUGAUCAGAAGAAAAAUGAAUUCCAGUAAUAAAGUUUCAUACAUGUGCAGUGCUGUGCUCAGUACUGUGAAAACUCCUGCUUUGCCUUUUUUCUAUGGUUUAACCAUCAAUUAUUUGACUCAUCAGGCUUGUAUCUAAACAUUUUGUUUUCAUAGAAUUAUAAAAUACAAAAAUUUGAUAUUUAUAUGUAGUGAUUCUGUAUUGGUAUUAGCCUACUGGUAUUCUUGAUUUUACUCUACUGUAAUUAUAUUGCCAUUAUAUUGCAAUAUAUACUAUUCUUGUGGAGUCUUGACAAGGGGAGUUCUUAUAUUUACAAACUCGGUAGUGUUAGGGAGGAUGAUGACAACACUCUGGAGGAGAGAGAGGGGAGGGUCAUUUGACUUAAAAGUGGAGCAGUAAACUGAGACUGUAGUGAUUAAGGGAGACCUACAACAGUGAUCUACUCUACUGUAAUAUAUUUCACUUCUUAGACUUUUUGUUCAUGUGGGUCUGUGUGUGAGGAAGUGUUUGUCCAGGGGUUUGCAGUAGGACAGCUCUUUGUGUGGUGUGGUAAAUAUUUGUCUUGGGCCAGUGGAGAGGCUUUAAGGUGACCCUGCAAUACCACAGAGAACUCCAUCUCAUCAGGCACUUUGGAGAAAACGGCUGGAACACAAGAGACUUAAUAUAUUUUAUAUCUAUACAUUCUGCCAAAGUUCAUGGGUUAUUCUGCAGUGGGGGUAUGAAUCUGUCUCAAGGCCAAAGGGAAUAGAGUUUAAGUGGUGACCGCAGAGAUUCACAAGGAAACUCAUCACGCAGAUCAUAAGCCAAAAAUACUCCUGUCCUGCAGAUGUCUGCAGACUAACAUUACUGUGCAGCAAUGUGAGGCAAUUGAUGGAUUUACUGGAAGCAAACAGUAGAAUCUGGCUUUUUGUUCUGUGAUUCACUUAAUUACAACAAUACUGCACUGUAAGUCUGAGGUGGGCUUAUUCAUAUUAUGGACUUUAUCUGCAAACAAACAAAUUUGUGGAUAUCAUGAGGAGAAUUUUGGUGAUUGAUUGAGAAGUUAGAUCUUAAAUGUCACCUAGUAAACUGAGGAGAUAUAUUUUAUCUAGUCAGAAAGAAAGUUGUAUAGUUUGGAGUAAAUAGUCAGGGCAGAGCGUGUUUAAUCAAAGAUGAUAUAAAUAGAUGGAGAUUAUAAAACUGUAAAUGGGCAUGGAUAGCACUUUUACUUAAUAGAUUUACAAAGAUAUCUGGAGCAAACACUUUGGUGUGCAUGUAAGCCAUUGAAAUAAAGUAUAUAUAGUACUGUAUAAAUGUUGUUUUCCCCUUUAGCGGAUGUGUUUUUAUUCUUAUUCUUAAAUAUCUGUUAUGUGCCAUGACCUACAUUUCAAAUGUCACAAUUACAAUCCACGAAGAGCUUUGGCAGUCAUGCUUUUAUGAUCAAAUCAUAAUUUUUUUUAUCAAUCUGCCAUGUUUACAGUUUAAGCAGUGCCUUGGAGUUGGGAAGGCGAGAGUUUGGAGGAUCAGCUGUAAGCCCCCCCACCCUCAGUUGUCUCUUACUUGAAAUCACAAGAAAAAGAAGAGGCACAAUUGUAUUUGCUCUCAUUAAUGAAAACAUCCCGUGCCAGUAAAGUGCACUUAAGUCCAAUCUAGAAUAUCUACAAUGAUCAAAUCUGUUUUCCCGCCUCAAAGAAAAAACACGAACUAAACAAUAACAGUUAAGAAAGUUGCAAUAACAGUCAAGUUACUACAUUUCUGAUUAAUCCAGUGUAACGAUCCCUUCAUGGUGGGAGCCAGCACAGAGAAAAGCCAUAUAUAUGAACAAUGCUUGUUGAACAACUUAGUACAUGCAUUAGUGCACAGGUUCGAGUAAAAAGUAGGUUUCUUGCAGUAAAGAUGAGGUUAAGUGCAUAUUCUUUAAAGAUGUUGGUGGUUGAUCUUAUAGUCUGAAAAGUAGCUUGAUAUAUUCUGAAAGCCUAUUUUAUAAAAUAUGUAAAUUUAGUCUAUAUUGAGAAAUAUACAGUAAGUGAAUGUACAUGUAUAAGAUUUGUAUUUAUAUAAAAUGUGUACCGCUCUAUUAAUCAAAGCACAAUGUAUUUUAAGGCAGAGAGAUCAAAGCUAUAAUGAGUGAAACAGAGAUGGAGUUUUGUUUUUGUUUUUGACUUCUCAUAGUGUAAUCAGGCUAUGUAGCUUGGUUAUAGCGGAGCAAGUAGAGACAUCUGUGUCUACGUUAUGUCGCCGGUGACAAUUACAGCUACUUUCCAGUUGAGUUAUCUAGACAGAGAUAUAAUUAUGGUCUUGCUGUGGCUGUGAUUCAGACACUCGUUGAACCGGUGGUGACUCACCGAUCAGAGUUGUUUCUGACCUCAGUGCAGAUUGGCUUCAUCAGGGCGACAGGCUGUUCUAAUGCUCACACACUGGUUCCACAGUGAUGUGAAGGGUGUAAUGGGCCCUCACUGAGUGGUUACAGGCUCGUACAGGUUUUGUUCCCAGUGCUCGGGUUUGACCAGUAACAGAGAGUUUGGAGGUUGUUUUUAAAAGGCAAUGAGUUGGUGGAAUGAUCCCAAGUAUAGAUAAAAGACAAUCUAUUUUCAUUCCUUAAUGAUUUCAGAUUCGUGUGGUCUUGACAUCAGUCUUGUUGAAUCCUGAUAAGUGUUGCACCAGAGUGUGAUGGUCAGACAUUUAUGCAGCCAUUUUAUUUGCAACAUCUCAGUUGUGUUGCCUAGCAACAUCACUCAGUGCAGAGGAUAAAAAAUAGGAAGUUGUUUCACUUCAGAUCAGAUUGGGCCUUUGAGUUUUCCUUGGUGUCUUAUUAAACAUCGGACUAGUACUCGCACUCUCCAAUAUGAGUGAAACUGAAAUUAAACUAAAUAUUUAUUGGGUAAAUGAUCCUCUAUCCUGCAGCAGAACUGUUGGGACUUGCCCUGUGUGUGAGAAUAGUUUCAGAACUUGUUUUUAGUGCUGUGAAGUUUGUGGACUAAUUAAUCCUACGCCAAACUAGACUUGUCAAAUAGUAGUUAGGGCUGUUAAAGAACAUCUUACACAGGAAUAUCUACUUCAUACAAAAGCUUUUAAUUCCAUAGAACAGCACUAUGUGUACAGUUGAAAUGAUUUUCAUGAAUGACUUCUUUGCUUAUUAUAAACUGCAAAGGUGUGACUUUGUUUAAUUUUCAGAGAAUUAUGUCUCCUCUUGAGGUCCCUGUAGUAGGUAUCUGUGGAUCAUCUCUUGCUCUUAAUCAGCAGGUAUAAACAAAAAAAAUGUCAGAUUGUUGUGGAUUACCUUUAGGUAAAUAUUCCUCCACAUCCAGUUUUGGUGAUAUAACAUGCCAGGAGGACUCAGCAGUCACUUACCUAAUUUUAUCUCAUUUUAGAAGCCAGAAAUUAUUCAAAUAGGCUGCAGCUUGAAACAGUCCAUUUUGUGCCAAAAGCAUCUAAUAGACCUCAGCCUCACAACUUACAUUUAUUAUUUAGAGCAAGAGCUUCCUGACAUGUUCAUGCUGCUGCCGAGCCUCUUCUGCCAGUCUGACCGUCGGCAUGGACACAUUCGAUCGACAUUUGUUGCAUUUUACUUGGCUCUGAGCAGCCAGGUGCACAAACAGGCACCAUGGAGCUGCAGGUGAGGAGCUCUGAAGGUGUAAAACAACAUCCAGGGUGGAGGUUUUUUUUAUAAGCAAUACAAGCAUUUGAAUCAAUCAAAACCAUGGCUGCCCAUCUUAGUGUGACUUGUAGGAGGUGAACUGUCAGUGGCCUUUGGCAGACUGAAUGUAGGCCGGUUUGUGUGUUGCUCGUUACAGAAAAUGUUCUGUACUUGGCUUUUUCUUUUGUCUGCAGUCACUGAAUUGCUGCUUCUCUGUCACUUUAACACCUGUAAUCACCAGUUGGGAUGCUUGUACUUGUUUUGCUGUAAUCAAAUCCCAGAAAUUGCCUUUUAACAAAUUCUUAAGUAUCGAUAAAUGGAAGAUGAUAAAUAAUCUGAUGAGACGCUCUGCUCUCACAUCUUAUAUUUCUAAUCGAAGUAUGAAUGGGUCAGCGGCUGUAGCUGGGAGUGAAGCGGAUCACACUAGGGGAACUUAAAGGUCUUUGGACAGAACUACAGUAUAUUUUUUUUCCUCAGUAACUUUUUUUUUUUUUUUUUUUUUUAAAGACAGUAAACAUCUUUGCAAUGUUUUAGUGUGUGUGUGCGCGCGUGUCUGUGUUACUUGUGAGAGGUUAACUCCAGAUUGUAUUUCAUAGACUGAUAAACUUAAAACUUUCAAAAGAUUGUGUUGAAUGAAUUCAUGUCUUAAUACCGAAUUGUUUGAAAAAUAAAAUAUCUUGAUCUCA